CCGUGGGGCGGACGGUACUCGGAGGAGGGGUGCUGCUCGCUCAACGUCUGUGUCAGCUCCAACAGUUUGCUAUCACCCGUGUAAGUGUGAAAUAUAUUUUUUGUUAGUUUUCGCGUGGAUUUACCGUCAGUUUGUGCCUCUGUGUGAUGUGUGCUGCGUCUCUGUGCCGCGAUGAAAAUCUGUUUAGAAUGUCGAUGUAGCGUUAGAUGUUUUCAUCGAAACAGCAGCUCUGUGCAAUGACACACUAACGGGACUGUCAACCCGAGUCCGUUAACACAGCAGACUGUAUAUAAAAUACGGUAGGUUAACACGCUGCUGCUGCUCACUGAAUGCCACUGAACUAACAUUUCAACGAUUUUUUUUUUGUAGCGUUAUACACGUUGCUUCACGUGUUUUCACAACAUAAACGAAGGUUCGCUACUUUAACGUUAAUUCUGUAGAGCGUAAAGUAUGUUGUUAGGCUACUCAACUUAUCUUUCGUAACAGUCACGUUAUAUCUCAUCUCCUGUGGUGUCAUAGCAUUCACAUGCGGGAUUUUUGCUGCCUAUUUCAGCAAAAAUAUGAAAUUGUAGAAUAUUAUAGUGUACAGCAGGUUUGUCUCAUUGCACAUAACAUAAUUCGUUGUUUCAGGAAAUACGAUUUUGUUUGAAGACUUCGCUGGCUUGUUAUGGACUUAAAAGUUGUAAUUAGCUAGGUGUUUAUUUAUUUAAUUCAUGAAACUUUUUAUUUUAUUUACUAUGAUGCUGUCAUAUCAAUGUGUCUGUCUCUCAUGAUAUUAGCCAGGGGACCAGUUGCAACCUACACGUUCUAAUAGACCCUCAGCAGGGUUUAUUUCAGUCUCAACUGGCUAAUGCAAUCUGAUGGGCUAAAGACAUUUCAUGGCCCGAGGAGCAUUUCCCCCCUGCAACCUAUUAUUAUCAGUGUCUAGGAGACAGUGAGAGAGAGACAUACACACUCUCACACACAGGCAGGCAGAUGCAGAGUCUACAAUGUGCCAAGGAAGCCUUUUUUCUAUCUCACUUUUUCUUCUCUUUCUCGAAGACCUGUGGGCCUGAUGAAGUAGCAGGUUGUUAUCUCCUCUGCAAUGAAGGAAAUCCACUACAUCAUUGUGAAUAUGGACUGAAGUCUGCCAGAGCUGUGCUGAGCUUUCACCAUCUCUCGAAAGACAAUGACAGCAGGCUUGAACGAGUGGCAGUUCAGCUGAAUGGAAUGAGCUGCAGAACUAAGGACAAGGACGUAAUCCACAAGAGUGAGUCACGCUGGGCCGACAGUUGGGCUGAUGUGUCAGCAGGUGGCUCCUCCCCCUCUGCCCCUGAGGAUGCCUUGGGGCCCUGCUGUCCUGAAUCUGACCACCUCUCUGCUCCUGUGGUUCCCUCUGCAGCUGGCCAGGGCUCAGGCGCUGUGGGCAUGAUGAGGCGUGGGACCAGCCUGCAGAGCCGUCGCAGUAAAGGAUCCGGGUCGGGAUCUGCGAGCGGAGACCACGAUCCUCUCCUGAGAGGUAGCCCCCAGGCCCCGCACCGCCGCCACACCCACGAUCCACAGCAGCACAUCAGACGUCCACGCUCCUCUUCCCCCGCUGAAACCACACCCAGCAGCCCCACACCUGGAUGCACUGGGGGUGAUGUGGUGCUGUCAUCAGGGUACCACUCCACCGAGGAGACGGACAGGAUUGACCGGCUGGAGGUGAGCGGGCUGGGACAAACACCCCUGGCUGUUUCAUGUGGUGCAGACGGUUCAUUCCCUGGAGGUGAGGAUGGCACCCCAGACCCUCAGCGCACAAAGCAGGCAAUCGCCCAGCUGCAACAGAAAAUCCUUAAACUCACAGAGCAAAUUAAGAUCGAGCAGACAGCCAGGGAUGACAACGUUGCAGAGUACCUCAAACUAGCCAACAAUGCUGACAAACAGCAAAGCACACGCAUCAAACAGGUUUUUGAGAAAAAGAACCAGAAGUCGGCGCAGACCAUCCAGCAGCUGCAAAGGAAACUCGAGCACUACCACCGGAAGCUGCGGGAAGUGGAGCAUAACGGUAUCCCACGCCAGCCCAAGGAUGUUCUGCGGGACAUGCAGCAGGGCCUGAAGGAUGUCGGAGCCAAAGUCACAGGCUUCAGUGAAGGCGUGGUGGACAGCGUGAAGGGAGGCCUCUCCAGCUUCUCCCAGGCCACCCACUCUGCUGCCGGGGCCGUCGUCUCCAAACCUCGUGAGAUUGCAUCGCUGAUUCGCAACAAAUUCGGCAGCGCUGAUAACAUCCCCUCUCUUAAAGACUCUCUUGACGACCCCUCAGUGGAAGAAGGUGUGACAGGGGCUGGUGGACGUUCACUGGGCAGCGUUGGGCAUCACCUCCAGCCCAGUCCCAGGUAUGGUAGUGAGGAUGACUGCUCUAGUGCUACAUCAGGCUCAGCGGGGGCCAACAGCACCACAGGUGCCCCCGGAGGUCCCCCAAGUUCAAAGGGCAACACACUGGAGAGGAGUCAGAGUUCCAGCCUGGACAUGCUGCUGCAGGAGAUGCAGGAGCUAAGGGAGGGCCAGGCAAGGCUAGAGGAGAACCUUGAUGGUUUGAAGAGCCACUAUCAGAGAGACUACACAGUUGUUAUGCAAGCACUGCAAGAGGAACGCUUCAGGUGUGAACGUCUGGAGGAGCAGCUGAACGACCUGACAGAACUUCACCAGAAUGAGAUCCUUAACCUCAAACAGGAGCUGGCCAGCAUGGAGGAGAAGAUCGCCUACCAGUCCUAUGAGAGAGCCAGAGACAUACAGGAAGCAUUGGAGGCGUGUCAGACCAGGAUCUCUAAGAUGGAGCUCCAGCAGCAGCAACAGCAGGUCGUCCAGUUGGAGGGGCUGGAAAAUGCCACUGCCCGGACCCUCCUGGGUAAACUUAUCAAUGUGCUGCUGGCCCUUAUGGCUGUCCUUCUGGUCUUUGUCUCAACUGUGGCCAACUGUGUGGUCCCGCUGAUGAAGACGCGCUUGCGCACGCUCUCCACCCUCCUCCUCAUCCUCUUGCUGGCUUUCUUGUGGAGAAACUGGGACGCUCUCUCGGGGUACACGCACCGUGCUCUGCAGCCUCCAGGAUGACCAGAUUGAAGCCAGCACAUGUUGCUUUGGUGACACCAGGUGAUGUAACUUUAGCUGCAAUCAUGCAGGAAGUUUGAAGAACGGGAUUGCCGUUAGAAUGGCUGCGUGGCCACGCACGGAAAAUACGGCCGAGCACGUACGCACAUGGAAUCAAGAAAAUGUGGAAGAAACGGAGUAAAACUUGAGAACACUCAUGAUUAUUUAGGAAAGAAGGAAGACUGUUUACAUUUUUAAAAAUGAACUAUUGUGUUGCUGUCUCUCAGAAUGCAGCAUUGUACUGUUUUUAUCUUUUAGAGUUUAAUCAAUUACAAUGUUAUUAUUUCUAAUAAUAUUAUUAUUUUUUUCAAUGUUAUUUUAUUCAGUACCAUGUAGCAUUACGCUCUUCUCACUCUACAGGACGGGGAGGUUAGUCAGGAAAUUGGGUUGGCGAUUUGCUCCAAAGGCCCAGUCCAAUUGUUGAGACAUGGCAGUGUGAUAAUGUGGUUGAUUGCCUUUAGGAAAAGAACUUUUACCUAGCUGUGAUUGGUAGAUUUGAACCAACGAGUACAUUUACAACAUGUAUUUGAACUUGGAUCAAAACCUUCCUGGGAGUUUCUUGCUGUGAUAGAAUUUGUUCAUACAGAACAUUUUGAAGGACUGACCCAUGACCUUUGAGUGUCAGAUGACUAAAAAAUUGUUUUGUGCUUCCUUACCAUUUCUAAUAGCAAAGAUCACAUGCUUUUACUUAUUUCCUUUUUUACGUAAAACAAGAACUGUGUUUAAUAGGGGGGAUUAUAACUGAAACACAAAGACAGAAUGGGCCAGCUUGAGAAGGAAAAGCUACAAUGCGCUACUCACCAUAGAAACGGCACAUAAACGCACAGAGAACAUCUGGUUAUUGUUAAAGCAUCUAGCCAUACUUGCAACAUGUAAACAAUGCUGCAUGUUUUCAUUAAGAAACAAUACAUGGGAGCCAGUUUUGUGUUUUAAAAGCAAUGACACAAAGCCAUGGUCCAAGUAAAAUCAAUUUGCCAGGAUAAUUCUCUCCCCUACCGCCAUAUUUGAUGUGAUCAGGUCAGGAAAGAGAGACCACUGGUGCUUAUCCAGCUCCAUCUCAGUUGGAACAGGAAUGCUGCUGCUUUAUAUAUACAGUGCAAGUCGUCUCCACUGCCGUGUUAGUCAAAUGCACACUGAUAUUGUACUCUUCAUCGGACUUCCUUAUUUUUCUGGCCGUCCGUCUUUUUCUACAAGUACACCAUCUUAUGGUGUAAUCACCCAGUGCCAAACCCUUAGUCUACCCAGGGAUGCCUGAGCACCCAAAGGGUCCAAGCUGAAAGGAAAGAAAGGGGAGGUUGCUCGGCAGGUCUCACUUUUAUUCAGAUACAGUAUGCCAUGAAUGUCUUGCGUGGAUGUCAAGGAUGUAUCUUUUUGCAAGGGAAAUCUGUUAGAGAAUUCACAAUCUGAACAUGAACUUGACGCCAGAUCUUAAGUGGUGUGUUUCUGCACCUUGCCUCCUUGAGUACAGUUCAUUGGCUGGGUUUACAGUCUUUAUUGCGCUCUCUCUCUCUCUCUCUUUCUCUCUCUCUUUCUUUCUUUCUUUCUUUCUUUCUCUCUCUCUCUCCUAGUACAUUAAAUAGUUCAUUCUGCAUUUCAUGCUGAGAAGCUGAUUUUCCAUACAGAUAGCGAGAUCAUUUGAACUGUACAGCUGCACUUUAGCACAUGGCUAGAUAACCCAUAAGUCAGGCUGAGGUUUGAGAAACCUUUGAUAGACACUUUAAAAGUUGUCACUCUUAAGACAGUAUGCCUCUGUGGAAUACGAGUUGACUCAGGUCAGGAUCACUGUCAUCCUUGUCUAAAGAUAAAACCCACAGGGAGGAAUUUAAUUCAUUUCUUGUCAAAACGUCAAUAAAUUUGAUUCUUCUCAAGUUCAAUGUUGCUAAUGUGAGCACAGCAGACAAGUUGAGAGUGAGCUGACCUUUGACCUCAGCUUGACCUUACAGUAACACCUAUGAUGUGGGCUUGUGUGCUAAACCACUCCAGUGCCUUCUGAUGUCCUUUUCUAAGUGUGGAAUAAAUAAAGUGCAUUCCUGACUAACUCA